GGCCAUCCUUUCUCCAGCCUGGGCGACUGGGAACCGUUACGCGAGAGGCAUUGUACAUGAUGCAUCUUUCAUCAUUGCUAGUUGCGCUUAGCGUCUGUGGCGGUGCUGUUGCCGCGCCACUGGAACAACAAGCACCACUCGUCGCCAGUGCACAGCACCACGCUGGGCCGCACAAGGUCGCCAACCCGUACAGGCCCGGUGCAGACGACCCCUACGACAGGAAGGUUGACUCUCAGGGCGACAAGCUGCAGCCAUUGCCCUACCGAAACGGCGACGGCGCCAGCGUCCUGGGUCCUCGCAAUCGCGCCCGCGAACGCCAGAACCCAGAUCUCGUGCGCCCGCCUAGCACCGACCAUGGCGCCAUCCCCAACAUGCGCUGGUCCUUUGCCGACUCGCACAUGCGCAUCGAGGAGGGCGGCUGGACACGUGAGACGACUGUCCGCGAGCUGGGCACCAGCAAGGAGCUAGCCGGCGUCAACAUGCGCCUCGAAGAGGGCGUCAUCCGCGAACUCCACUGGCACAAGGAAGCCGAGUGGGCCUAUGUGCUCGAAGGCAAAGUCCGCAUCACCGCGCUCGACACCGAGGGCGGCAGCUUUGUCGACGACCUCGAAAAGGGCGAUCUAUGGUACUUCCCCUCGGGCCACCCCCACUCGCUGCAGGGCCUAAGUCCAAACGGCACCGAGUUUCUGCUUGUCUUUGACGACGGCAACUUCUCCGAAGACUCGACCUUCCUGCUCACCGACUGGAUGAGGCUGACGCCCAAGUCGGUGCUUGGCGAGAACUUCCGCGUCGCUCCCGAAGUCUUCAAGGCGAUUCCCGACAAGGAAAAGUACAUUUUCCAGGGCUCCGAGCCAAAGUCCAUCGACAAGGAGGUGCCGAGCGACAGCAAGGGCUACAAGAAGUCGAAGCUCCAGUUCACCCACAAGAUGCUUGCGCAGGAGCCUCUCAACACAACCGGUGGCCAAGUCCGCAUCACAGACUCGACCAACUUUCCCAUAUCCAAGACGGUGGCUGCAGCCCAUCUGAGGAUCCAACCGGGUGCGAUUCGCGAAAUGCACUGGCAUCCCAACGCAGACGAGUGGUCCUUCUUCAUCGCUGGCCGCGCGCGUGUCACCAUCUUCGCUGCCAAAGGCACAGCCCGUACCUUUGACUUCCAGGCUGGCGAUGUGGGCGUCAUCCCGCGCAACAUGGGCCACUUCAUUGAGAAUCUGUCUGACGAGGAAGACGUCGAGGUGCUGGAAAUCUUCCGCGCCGACAAGUUCCAGGACUUUAGCUUGUUCCAGUGGCUGGGCGAAACCCCCCAGCGACUCGUCCGCGAGCACUUGUUUGAGAGCAGCCCCAAGGAGGCGGCGGAAUUCGAAAAGGCGAUUCGCGAUGCCGAGCGCGAUCCUAUCAAGGACGUUGAGCUUGAGGAGGAGGAAGAGAAGGAGGAGCUGUAAAGGGAGUUGGGGUCGGAUAUCGUGGGAGAGAGGAUUUUGAGGAUAAUACUGGAAUGCGCUGAUACACUGUUGUACUGUCUGAUUAUGCAAGGCGAUGUGUUUAAGCUUUGUCUCUUGCAGUGAUGAUUUGUGAGGUGGUGUCGAAACGAGUGAGAUGGGCGUCUGUGUGUUUAGGUAAAUUCAUCAAGACGGACUCAGGUCAUGCACGCUUCGAGGCCGCUCUGACUGGUACCGAGCUAGCCCACCUAGGCAUAGCCAUAGUCUACUCACUUACCUUGCAGUCGCUGCCGUGCCGAAUGUGGCAUGAGCAAGCGGGUGAGCGGGUAAGCUUAUGGUCAGAUUUAGCGCAUCCGUUCCCAACCAUCUGCUAUGCUAUUCU